AACAGCUCAUAAACCCAUGCCAAGAAGAUGGAAGGAAAUGAGGGCACUGAUGAAGAUCAUCUCACUGGUUAUGCUGUUCAGUUUAGCAUCCAGGAGUCCCUUGAAAGUGCAAGUAGCCAGCAAACCUCUUCCCCUGAUCAUGAAGCAAGGUUUCUACCAGUCAGUGAUCAAAACAGGAAGCUUGUAGCUGCUAUAAGAGAAGGUCGAGUAUUUGAGCUUCAAGACUAUGUGAAAUGCAAAUAUGCUUUGGAUGAGGCUGAUGAGAGAGGUUGGUUUCCUUUACAUGAAGCUGCUGCUCAGCCAGUUCAGCAGAUACUUGAAGUAAUCUUGGAUGCAUCGUAUAAAGCAAUGUGGGAAUAUAAAACAUGCGACGGAGAGACACCAUUGACGUUGGCAGCCAAAUCUCGCCAUGCAGGAAAUGUCAGAACACUGUUGGAAAAGGGGGUCUGGCCCAAUACCACUAACCGGAAAGGAGAGACUCCUCUUCUGAUUGCAAUAAAACAGGUCUCGUAUGAAAUGGCUUCCAUUCUGAUUGAGUUCAAUUGUACCAUCAAUCAGCCAUGCGUAAAACGUUGGUCAGCAAUGCACGAAGCGGCGAAACAGGGUCGCAAUGACAUCAUUGCUCUGCUGCUGAAGAAUGGUGGCAACGUGCACCUAAGAGAUGGAUUUGGAGUAACUCCUUUAGGUGUAGCUGCUGAAUACGGCCACUGUGAUGUGCUGGAGCAUCUCAUUCAUAAAGGUGGCGAUGUUUAUUCUACGGCUGAUGAUGGCUCAUCAAUAUUGUUUGAAGCAGCUGGAGGUGGAAAUCCAGACUGCAUAACUUUGCUGCUGGAAUAUGGGGGAGACGGUAAUUUGCCUAAUAAGGCAGGGCAGCUCCCUAUACACAGAGCAGCGUACGAGGGGCAUUAUUUGGCCCUGAAAUUCCUAAUUCCCGUGACAUCCCAAACUGCAAUCCAGAAAAGCGGGCAGAGUCCCAUCCACUCGGCAGCAGAUGGCCAAAAUCCACAGUGCCUGGAACUCCUCAUCGAAAGUGGUUUUGAUGUCAAUGCCACCCUGGCAGAACACAUUUCUAAAAGUUACGACGACGAAAGGAAAACGGGGCUUUACUUUGCCGUUUCCAACAAUGACAUUCUGUCCACCGAAGUAUUAUUGCAAUCUGGCGCAGACCCAAAUAAAGACCCUCUCAACUGCCUCCUCGUGGCCGUGAGAGCUGGCAACCAUGAAAUCGUCAGGUUGCUUCUUUCUUACGGAGCAAACGUCAACUGCUACUUUAACCUUGUGAAUGACACCCAUUUCCCCAGCGCUAUUCAGUACGCCUUGAAUGACGAGGUCAUGCUAAGGCUGCUGCUGAAUCAUGGAUACCUUGUGGAUCUGUGCUUUGACUGCAUGCAUGGGGACAUCUUUGGAAAUUCUUUCGUAUGGUCAACUCCGGAGGAAGAGGUGUUACCAGGAUGGACAUCUUGUGUCAUUAAAGAUAAUCCAUUCUGUGACUUUAUCACGGUUCCUUGGAUGAAACAUUUAGUAGGACCCAUCGUUCGUAUUUUGAUAGAUUACAUGGAUUAUGUUCCCCUUUGCACAAAACUUAAGUUUGUCCUGGAGACCCAGAAAGAAUGGGCAGAGAUCCAGCAGAUAUUAGAGAAUCCUCGCCCGCUAAAGCAUUUGUGCCGCCUGAAGAUACGUAAAUGUAUGGGAUUGGAGGGGACACAGAAGCCGCGGUCCAUGAACGGGCUUCCUGUCCCGCCAGUUCUUAAAGCCUAUAUCCUCUACAAAGAGUAUGAUCUUUAUGGAAGGGACCUACAUUUGCCGUGAUUUGCAGAAUCCAGACAUCAACACAUUUACUUGGAAGUUAAAUUUGGAGUAACCAUAAUGGUGCCAGAACAGUGAACUAUGGCUUUGGAUCCAGGAGUGACCUUCUGCUUUCUUGCAUGUUGUGUGAGGCAAGUGAAACUAAAUUCAAAUAUGUUCUUCAUAAACAUGAGAGCUGCUGUCAUGUGUUAAUCCCUUAUAGCACUGUGUGAACUCUUGCACAAACUCCACAAACUUAGUUUCACUCGUGGUUCCUUGGCACCAACAUCCCCCCCCCCCCAG